AUGCCCUCCACGUUCACCGAGCCGGGUUUCCCGCGGGCGCAUCGUUUGCGCGCGAGUGACUUUGUGUGUUCAACUCGACUUUGGGACGCAAGCGAUUCUUUGGCAGUUGUUGACAACUUGGAUGCUGCUGGCUAUUGCAUUUGGGGGACUGACUCAAGCUGCGCCGGGCCAUCACAAGGCGUUCUCGGCGAGUUCUCCACGGAUUUCCUUGGCCCACCAACACCACCCCCUUCCUCAGCAACCGAAAUUCAGGAUGCUGCUAGGGCUCCAGCUGCAGCGCCAGCCCCACAAAGCGUCGUUUCAGAUCACUUUACGCAAAUAUUUCCUUUGGCAACAGAAAAGAAGUACAAAGAACUCAUCCGUUUGGCCGAGUUGAACGACUACGGGGCCGACUCUGACCGCAGUCCAACCCGUCUUGCGCUGACCACGCCCCUCGUUCUUGCCUAUCUUAUCCUCGACGAUCUGCAAGUAGUCCCGCUCGCUUCGCCUUACAGCGCCUUCCGCGCGACCUUGCUGUGUCUCCCAUCGCAAAAGCCUUCUUCGCGCUGCUGGCAUCAACUGUGGAUUCUGGAACGCAAAUACGCUAAUGUCUAUUCUCGCACGACCGAGCUUCUUGCUAUCACCAGCGGCUCCGACUUCCUUGACGCGAAUCUCGGCGCGAUAUUGGGCCUCAUGCUGAACGCUUUCCUCGAAUCAUUCCGCACGCGGACAUUUAAUCUCCUAAAGAAGGCCUAUACCUCCCUUCCAGUGUCCCUGGCCCAGGUAUACCUUGGUCUUGGGGCGGAGGAGGUCCUGUCAGCUGCUGCGAGCGAUGGCUGGUCGUACGACGCCUCCACACAAAUACUCACCCCUGCGCAACGAUCCGCGUCCACACAACUUGCGAAUGGCUUCACCCCAUUCUCCACGCUCGCAACCUUUGACUUUGUUGCCAACAGUGUCGCAAAGUUGGAAACUUAA